AUGCCGGAAUACACGCUCACACACGACGCGCCAGCUCCUCUGCCAGGUAUCGCUGUCAAGGCCGGCGGCUUCCUCUAUACUUCCGGCUCGGUCGGGAUGCGGCCAGACGGCACAAUGGUUUCCGGCACAGUCCAGGAUCGUACUCGACAAGUACUCGCCAAUUUGCGUGCAGUCGUCGAGGCGUCCGGAUACACGCUCGGCCAUACUGUAAAGGCGACAUGCUACCUCUCCGACCUCGAGCGCGACUUUGAAGCAUUCAACGACGUGUGGAAGGAGGUCAUGCCCAACCCCAAGCCGGCUCGCACCUGUAUCGGCGUCGCCCGUCUCCCGGCUGGUGGUACCGAUGUCGAGAUAGAGCUUGUACUGUACAAGGACUAG